UGUAAAUAUAAAUUUUUGUGCUGACAAUUACAGAUUACAGUAUGAGUAAAAACAUAGAUGUUUUAUCAGAAGAAAUUGAUGAGUUGAUGUUACGUAAAUUAGAACUAAUAGAGGAAAAAGUUCAAGGAGUUAUUCAAAUGGAAAGCUUGCUGAAGGAUGGUCACAUUGAAUUGGCAAAAGCAAGAUAUAUUCGUGGAAAGGGGAAUAUCAGUAUGUUACAAGUUCCAAAUAAUGAAGACACAGUGACAUCCUUGUUUGAUUUGGAAACUAAAACAAUAAAUGAAAAUAAUGAUACUAAGUCAUGUUUUGACAUCAGUUUUAAAAAAUUAAACAAUGAUACAGAUGUUCCAAAAGACCCUAUAAAAUGGUUUGGUGUAUUGGUCCCACAAAACUUGAAAAACAGUCAAAAGCGUUUCCAGGAAUCCAUCUAUGUUUCUGCAAAGAUAGCAAAUAUACAAGCAGAACUUACUUCUGUACUCUCUAAGCUUAAAAUAUUAUAUAUUGAAAAAGAUAAUUUAAAGUCUUCAAAUGGUAUUAAAACUUAA